AUGUCGAAACCAAGAUCAACAAGUUCAAUAGAAUAAAGAAUAAAAGAUGUUAGAAUGUAAAAAUCAAGAAAUUAUUCACAUGCUGAUGGAACAUGUGUAUGUGUUGAUUGUUUAUGUGGUUAAUGCAAAUGUUAGGUAGUGUAAUAACCUUAUGAUUAUCCUAAACUAUUAUUGUCAAAUUAUAAAAGAGAAUUUAUGUGGAAAUACUCUUCUCCUCCAAAGCCAGUGUAAAAGAUAGAAUAUUAAUCAAAUUUCGAUCAAAUUUUUAGAUCUUCUACUUACUAAAGAAAUUUUUAAUCAUUUAAUCUUUAGAAAACUGAAAAUUUCAAACCAUCAUCCUAAGAUUGGAAAAAUGAUUCUCCAAUAGUAGAAAUGACAUCUUAUAGAACAAACUUUAAACAAUUGCCAAAUAGUAUGAUAUAAAAGUUACAUUAGACAUCACUUUAAUGCUCAAGCCUAUAGAGGUUGAUCAUUCUGUAAAUUUACCAAUAUCUCAAAAGACAACUUAUAAGAAUCACUUUAGAGCAUGUAGUUCUUAAUUAGAAAAUGAUCAUUAUGUUAGAGAAGCUCAUUAUAAAAGACACACUAAUUAAACACCAAAUCCAUAUUUAAAAACAUCUUAUUAACAUUUUUAUAAUGUUGUUUCAUAAUCAUAAACUAAUGCAAUUUUACCAUAAUAAAACUAACCAUUUAUGCCAGCCUUAUCUGGAUAGUAAAAUCGAAAAAGUAGAUAUUAAUCAGACUAUAAGAAAAAAUAAGGACUUAAAUGUCAGGCUAGGCAAUUUUUAGAAGAAUAUAUUAUUAUUCAUUAAGAUUGA